UUUGAAAGUGGGCGCAAAGGCGGGAGCGCCGUUCGGAAAACGUGGAGGCGACGCCGGAGACUCGGAGCGUCUCUAAGGUGCAAAAUGAUUAUACCUGUGAGAUGUUUCACUUGUGGUAAAAUAGUUGGAAACAAAUGGGAAGCGUAUCUUGGCCUUCUGCAAGCAGAAUAUACAGAAGGCGAUGCGUUGGAUGCUCUGGGUCUAAAGAGAUACUGUUGUCGGCGAAUGCUGCUUGCCCAUGUUGAUCUGAUUGAGAAGCUCCUGAACUACGCCCCUCUGGAGAAAUAAAUGUCUAGAAGACUGUGUAGCAUUAUAGAGUCAUACAAGCCAGAGUGCUGCUAGAAAUCCUCAAGCUGUAAACUGCUAGGGUUUCACAUGCACAUCAUUCUGUAUUAGGGAUUUUAUUCUCUGGGCAUACUAUUGUACCAACCACUAACCUCUGCAAAGAAAACUGCUGAAAGCUGCAAUCCACUUGCACACAGUCGGAGACUAUUGUUUUAAUUGAAAUAGGGGUGAAGGUUCUGCAGAAAUGCGUGGAUUUUGAAAAUGUUGAUUUUUUAAAAAAAAUUAACUGACAGCUAUAGCUAGUUUCGGAUAUUGCAAUGUUUGUCUGUCCUUCCUCUUCCCUUUCAUUUAUUUUAUUAUUAUUAUUAUUCUAAGUCUCGUUCAGGAAAGUAGAAAGCGCUAACGGCAUACUAACUGCUUCCAGAUUGUUUAUUCCUGGCAUCUAUCAGUGUUAAGGAGGGAAAAUCACCUCUGCAAUGUGCUUCCUCACUACUGUAUGAUAUGAAGUUAUCUUAAAGGCUUGAGAUCCAGCUGAGCGUUAGGUGCCAUGAGUUGUCAUGUGAAAAACUAAUAAUAAAAAUGGAAGAUGGAUUUUC